AGAGCGGGGCCCGGUGCCGCAGCGGGCCCGGCGGAGCGGAGCCAUGGCCGCGGGGCUGCUCCUGCUCCCGCUGCUGCUGCCGCUGCUGCUCCCGCUCCCGCCGCCCGGCCGCGGGCAGGGCUUCGGCCAGACCCGCUUCGUCUGCACCUCGGUGCCGCUGGACGGGGACAUGUGCGCUGCCGCCGCGCUGGGCACCGGCUCGGCCGAGGAGCUGAAGAGCACGGUGCUGCAGCUGCGGGAGACCGUGCUGCAGCAGAAGGAGACCAUCAUGAACCAAAAGGAGACGAUCCGAGAGCUCACGGCCAAGCUGGGCCGGUGCGAGAGCCAGAGCGCGGUGGAGCCGCCGCCCGGCGACGGCAAGGGCAGGAAACCGUCGGUCUCCAAAAACACCAUGGGCGACCUGUCACGGACACCCGCGGCCGAGACCCUCAGUCAGCUGGGACAGACGCUGCAGUCCCUCAAGACCAGGCUGGAGAACCUGGAGCAGUUCAGCAGGAUGAACUCCUCCAGCCAGACCAACAACCUGAAGGACAUCCUGCAGAACAAAAUCGACGACCUGGAGAAGCAGGUUCUGUCCCGGGUGAACAGCCUGGAGGAGGGCAAGUUCAACCCCCGGAACGAGUCCGAGGAGCGCGGCAAGAUCGAGAGCACCCUCACCUCGCUGCACCAGCGCAUCAGCGACCUGGAGAAAGGUCAGAAGGACAACCGUCCCCCGGACAGGUUCCAGCUCACCUUCCCGCUGCGCACCAACUACAUGUAUGCCAAGGUGAAGAAGAGCCUGCCUGAGAUGUAUGCCUUCAGCGUCUGCAUGUGGAUAAAGUCCACCGCUUCCCCCGGCAUGGGCACCCCUUUCUCCUACGCCGUGCCCGGGCAGGCAAACGAGCUGGUGCUCAUUGAGUGGGGCAACAACCCCAUGGAGAUCCUCAUCAACGACAAGGUGGCCAAACUGCCCUUUGUCAUCAACGAUGGCAAGUGGCACCACAUCUGUGUCACCUGGACCACGCGGGACGGCGUGUGGGAAGCCUACCAGGACGGCACGCAGACCGGCAGCGGCGAGAACCUGGCGCCCUACCACCCCAUCAAACCCCAGGGGGUCCUAGUGCUGGGCCAGGAGCAGGACACACUGGGCGGCGGGUUCGAUGCCACGCAGGCCUUCGUGGGGGAGCUGGCCCACUUCAACGUGUGGGACAGGAAGCUGAGCCCGGGGGAGGUCUACAGCCUGGCCACCUGCAGCACCAAGGCGCAGGCGGGCAAUGUCAUCGCAUGGGCCGAGGCCAACAUCGACAUCUACGGCGGGGCCACCAAGUGGACUUUUGAGGCCUGUCGCCAGCUCAACUAGAGCCACGGACGGGAGAAGCCUCCUCAUCGGGUUCUUCUCUUCCUUUGGGUUUUGUUUGGUUGGGUUUCUCCUCCUUUGUUCGCGCUAAACCACCCGAGAACGAAGCCGCCCGCCCCAUCCCCGGGAGCGGGGGUGCCCUGGCAGCGGGGCGCCCGCUCCCCCAGCCCCAUGGCCCCCCCGGUUUCUGUCUUGCCAACGUCCUUCAAUGCCUGCGUGCCUUGGCCUGGCGCGGCUGCGCCCCCCCCCGCUGCCCCCCCGGGCCUGGUUCCUGCUUUGCUGCCUCCCCCCUGCACCAGGACCCCCCCUUCCCCGGGCACCGGCGCCUCCAAAGGCUGUGACCCCCCCACGGGGCUCCUCUCCCUCCAACCUGGAGCCCCCCAGCAGGGUGGUGCCCCCGGAGCCCGGUUCCAACACCCCCCCCCCCGCUUGGUUGUGCUCCCUCCAGGGAGCGCAGCAGCAGCCAAGGAUGGGAUGACCCCCCCCCCCCCAAGGGACACCGGGGUGUGAGCCCCGCUGUCCCCUUCUCCCAGCACCACAGCCAUAGCCCGGGCUGCGGUGGGCACCGGGACGGGACCCCCCGGUGGGACCCCCGCUCCCUGACCUGCUGCACUCAGGUACAUCCCCCCCCGGCCCCACAGCCUGCAGCCCCCCGAGGCCUCCUCGUGCCGUAGCUGGUGACAAAGAGCCUUCACCCUGCCCUCGAGUCUGGCUCCCACUGAGAUGUCUGAAGCCUUUCUGCUUUUGAUAAACACGAUGUUGUUUCUCUUACUGUAAAGGGAAGUUUAUUACCAAGAAUUAAAAAAAAAAAGGGUAUUUUUAUGAAGAUAAAAAAAAUAUUCCGGAAGGAAGCAGCUCCCUGAGGAAGCAGCACCUUGAGAUUCUGCAGGACACGCAAAACAAGAGAUAAAGAAGCCUAUUUUGAAAUACCAGAAGCAUUUUGUAUGGUUUCCUUUUCUAAACUCCCGGUUUGUACUCCAGAUCGCAGAAAUCCCCCCCUGCCCCCCCGAGCGCUGCCCUGGGUGGCAGUGGAGGAUGAGGCCGAGAAUUCCCACAGGGCUCCCACUCCAGAGACGCAGCAGGGAGAUGCCGAGGGGCCGCACGGAGCCGGGCAAGGCCAAGGUCCCCCCCCCGGGCAGGAGCACAGAGCUGGGCCAGCCCCAGGCCCCAGCUGACGAGCAGCGACACCCCCCACAUCGAGAGACCUUCGACCAACUGUGGCUCAGGGCAGCGCGUUUUCAACUGUGCUCUUUUUAAAUCCAAACCAAGACAAACGGAAGAAAACCAUCGUGAGUUCAUUUCAGUUCCUCCUCAGAACCUGUUCGCGCCGGCAGCGCAGCGAGCGCAACGUGCUGAGAAGAACAAAGCACUGCAAAGGUUCCGGCCGCAGACCCGCGUGCGCUGGACCUGCCAAAACGACAAGGAAAGGGUGCGAUGUCAACGCCGUGUACAUAGUGUAUAGUAGGGGAGAGGAUAAAUGUCUCUUGAUUUGUCAUUAUUCUGCUAACCAAAGCUGUACAUUCUCCUAUUCCGUGCUCUCUGUCCCCGUUGGGUUUUGAGUGGGUUAUGACAGACACCUCCAGCCCGCAGCAGCCGUUCUGAAAUGCACUGUUUCUACUGAGACUCAUGCUUUUGCCAUUUUACUGCCGAGAUGACAUGAAUUGUUGACUUUAUUUUUACACAAUAAAGAGUGAAGAAAGA